AUGGCCAUGGCCUGGCGGUGGGUGUGGCUGCUAUUGUCUCAGGGCCAAGGCCAAGACUGUGAUGAGGUGUUCGGCGAUGUCUUCGAGGUGUCCUUGCUACAAACAGCACAGCACUUGAGCCGUGUGCGAACUGUGAAGCCACAGCCGGAAGAGGAGACUGCCUGCAGCGGCUCCUUCCGGGUCUGCAGCGAUGCAGAGCGCCACGUUUGUGCAUACAUCCCGGGAUGCAGCUGGCAUCGUGAGAGCGCGUAUGGAGGCUGGUGCCUUGAAGCCGGGCCUGCUGGGGCAAAAGGGGCAAAGGGGGCAAAGGGGGCCUGUGCGGCGAUGGAUGGUACCCGAUGUGCCGCCAAGCCCGGCUGCCGCUGGGAGCGCAGCGAAGCGGAGGGUUUCUGUCGCGGGGAUGGAACCCGCUACCAGAACCCAGGCUGCAGCUUCACGAGCGAUGUUGAGGCCUGUAUGUCGAUGCCGGGCUGCAAUUGGAGAGGGCGCAGCUCCUACGGCGGCUGGUGCUCCGGAUCUGGCGACGGCGAAGGCUGCCCCAUUAGCAAUUUCGCUGGCCCACAAGGAUGGCAACAUGCGGCGCACCUUGCGGCACGGCACGCGGGCGCGGCUGUGCCAGCUGUCCUUGCCUGCCAGUACCUGGACAGACACUUCUUGUCCUGCGAGGAGGGCUCUCAGGGCAGCUCCGGCGGCUCCAGCAUCAUCCGUUUCCGGGUGGACGUCGACCGACCCGGCCUCCUCAGCGAGGCCACGGAGGUCUUGAAGAAGCAGCAGGUGAACAUCCGCGAUGCCCGCAUCUCCACUGAGGAGGGCUCGAAGCGGGCGACGCACAUCUACUUCGUCGAAGAGAGCGGGGAGCGGAAAGACAGAAGAGGAGGCCUCUCCGAGGAGCGCCUCGCAGAGGUCCGGGCGGCCUUGACGCAGCUGGCCUCCGGGUCCUGCGAAGCCGAGCCUUGGCCAAUCUUCUCUUCGGAAGAGGUCUCCAAGCACCAGACGCCUUCGACUGGGAUAUGGGUGAGCUACAAGGACGGCGUCUAUGACAUCACGGACUUCGUCCAGAACCAUCCUGGUGGCAAAGACAAGAUCAUGCUCGCUGCGGGCAAAGCCAUCGACCCCUUCUGGCGUAUCUACCAGCAGCACACAGGAAGAGGCAACGCGCUGGAGCUGCUAGAGAGUAUGAGGAUCGGGGACCUCUCGGAUCCUCCAGACACGACGAGGACAGCCUCCGAUCCCUACGACAGUGAUCCAGAGCGUCAUCCUGGCCUCAUCUUCCACAACAACAAGCCCUGCAAUGCAGAGCUGCCUUCGGAGUUGAUGAUGGACUCCUGGUUGACGCCCAACCCGGUGUGGUUCAUCCGCCACCAUCACCCAGUGCCAGAGGUGAACCCGGAAGACUACAGACUUUGCAUAGAAGGCGUUGGCACGAAGGCCGUGACUUUGUGCCUGGAGGAUUUGAAGAAGCGGUUCCUGAAGCGCGAGGUGGUGGCAACUCUUCAGUGCGGAGGGAACCGGAGAUCUGAACUGGAUCAGAUUCAGAAAACCUCUGGCAUUCCUUGGGGCUUUGGGGCCAUGUCGACAGCGCGGUGGGGCGGUGUCUACCUGCGGGAGGUGUUGCAGCAUUGUGCUGGUCUCAGCCAUGAGAACGUCGAGGCUUUCGAUGUGAAGCACGUGAUUUUCAAGGGUAUGGAUGGCAUGGAGGCAUCCAUUCCGAUCGAGAAAGCCCUGAGUCCUUACGGCGACGUCCUCUUGGCCUACGAGAUGAAUGGAGAAGCCCUGCCAAACGAGCACGGAGCGCCCGUCCGCGUCAUUGUGCCGGGCGUGGUCGGUGUGCGGAAUGUGAAAUGGGUUGGCCGCGUGGUGGCUUCCACGGAGGAGGCCGAAGGGCCCUGGCAACGAGGCCUCGCCUACAAGGGUUUCUCGCCGAUGGUCAAGGAGCUGCAGGGCAUUGACGUGGAGAAGAUCCCUUCGAUGCACGAGUUGCCUGUGCAGUCUGCCAUCGUCAGCCCGAAACCUGGCAGUGUCACGGAGCUCGACGACCUGGAGGUCAAGGGCUUCGCUUGGAGCGGUGGAGGUCGCGGCAUCGUGCGCGUGGACGUGUCAAUCGACGAGGGGAAGACCUGGAUCACAGCAGAGCUUUCCGAUGGCAAGGACCAAUGCUAUAAUCGUGCAUGGGCCUGGACUUUCUGGGAGGCUUCAGUUCCCGUUCCUGCGGAGCUGCAGGGCAAGGAAUUCACGGUCCUCUGCCGUGCUGUAGAUUCUGCCUACAGUACGCAGCCAGAGCGGCCAGAACCCUUGUGGAAUCUGCGUGGCUUGAACUGCAACUGCUGGCAUAGAGUGCCGAUCCGACACGAGGAGUAG